AGUAGCCUACAUGAGCGACAACACCAUCCUGUGCUCCUCGAUAGGCCUACAAGUUUAGUGUGUGUUUGGUAUCUAGGCUAUGUGCUCAUGUUACUGUCCAUUCCUUCCAGUCUUGUUCUUUACAAAUUGCGAUUUUUAUGUUUUGAUAUUGUUGGAUAAUAUUUUGAAUGGAUAAUAUGAUUAAUGAGUUCUUUCUUUUUUAGGUGCUAUACUAUUAUCUGCCUGAGGUUCUCCUCAAGGUUUCCGGCGGAAGAGUUGGCUGGUCUCCCACCAAGAGGCCUCUAUCACGAAUCUGUCACGUGACGUAAGUUUCGCCAGAAGCUCUACACAAUGCAAAACAAGACGGACAACAUCAACAGCUCAUUAUUGGGCAGUGACUCGUUUAAGGGUGACGACACAUUUGGAUACAGUGAUACGACACAAGUUUCACUCUCUGUGGCACUGCGGGAAAACGACCAAGAGAUGAAUGCUUGCUCAUUACCGAAGGCUGCCAUGGAUGACACUCGGCACUGCACUCCAAGUGAACUUUAUCGAAGCUAUCCAGAAUCACCCCUCCUAUCCAUGACAGGAGAAGCUCACAGCUUCUCAGUCGGGGACCUUACUAUCGACAGCAAACUGGUCUUUCCCUGGAUGACAGACUCUAUGAAAAAAUUCAAGCAGAAACAUCACAGCUUCUGCGAUGGAUCCAUCUGUGGCCAUCAAGUAAACUACGGCAAGCAGAGCCGAUCUCACCUGGACUACAGCCAUCAGGCUAUUCUCAGUCAGGGAGAACAGCACAUGUAUUUGCCAUCCCCUGGCUUUUCUGUGCUAAACAUCGGAAACAACAGUAGGACAGCGGCCGAGUCUAGUAGCAGGCCAGGAGAAAUCCCUGUCAGUCAAUAUCCACCGUAUCCCUACGGAGAGAAAGAGCAGCAACACCAGUACGGCACGUACAGCAAAUAUUCCGGCCUAAUCCAUAAUGACAGUGACUCAAAGAACAGCUCCAACCAGGCACAAACUUUCGAGUGGAUGAAAGUUAAGAGGAACCCGCCAAAGACAGUUAAGGUUACUGAAUACGGAAGCCACCGACAGCAAAAUAUUAUUCGCACAAAUUUCACUACGAAGCAGCUCACCGAGCUGGAAAAGGAGUUCCACUUUAACAAAUACCUCACAAGGGCGCGGAGAGUCGAAGUGGCCGCUACACUCGAACUGAAUGAGACUCAGGUGAAAAUUUGGUUUCAGAAUCGCCGAAUGAAACAGAAGAAACGCGAGAGAGAAGGAACCGUGCCGGCCAUGAAAAGAGCAACAGACUGCUCUGCAGGACAAAACACAAACCGCUCCAGCACCUCAUCUCCAGCUGCAUCUCCGAUCUCAGACUCUUCCAGUGCCAACUGAGGACAUUUAAUGGCGCACAUACUGCAUAUUACAGUUCUCAGUAAUAAGCCAUAUUGUACACCACAGCGUCCUCCUACAUUUUGUGGUGUGAUAUUAGAAAUGUGUUUUAUACCUGCAUUGUAAAAGAACUUGCAUGUUUCAACCUUCUGUCGCUGAGGACAGCUAACUUAUUUUUCUGCUACAGACCAAAUCUAAAAAAAAAAAAAAAAAUCCUGGAUUUGUCACUUUUUUGUGUCUACAAGGACAUUCUUGCUCUGUGAUGAUGCAUGACACUGCUUUGCAAAUAGCCAAAAGUUUAUUGGAUGUACUACAUUUCACUCUGAUGUGUAACAGUUGCAAUUGGGUGUAAUACAUUUAACUCUGAUGUGUAACUGUUGCAACUCAUUGCAAUACUAUGUGGCUAUUUUGAAUGAGCAGUUUUAUAAUUUGCACUAGAAAUGUACUUUUGGAGAAAAACGUCAUGUGUUCAUAGGCUACAUAUGGGAUCACAGUAUUAGCCUGACCGAUGAAAUAGUAAUAACUGAAUAAAAGUGUUUUAUUUUUCUGAAA